AUGGCGGCCCGAGUCAAGUACAAAACAGAGAGGGUUUCAAAGCGCUUCCUGAUGUAUAAAAAUGCCAACUCUACCCUCUUGACCGAUAGAAUGUGUAAAAAAGGAAACUCAGUAGAAAGCUACGAAACCAACGUGAUUUAUGCAAAAAAGGAGCAAACGCAUGAUCGGAAAACAACGAUUUCAAACCUCAACAAAAGACCAGUUAGGUCGCUGAGUUGUGAUAGCAAUAUUUACCUAUCUUUUUUCACUAGGUGUAAAUACGAAAAUUGUAACACGGAAUUCGUAAGAAAUAUCAACGAAUGUUAUUGCUGUACCGAGUUAGAGGGCUGCGUGGAAGCACUGCAGAGCGAUCUUGUUGUACAAGAUUUAGAACCAUGCACUAAACUAAAGAGCGUAACCGAACACCCAGGAUUUGCUCCGGUGUGCCUGAAGAAGUGGAGCCUGAGAAUGGCAGCAAAAAAGUUGCGCCGAAGAGAUAAGGAAACAUACAAGCAGACCGGGACAGAAGAAAGACUGCUCAGGGCUUUAGCCUACAGGGAGUUUACUAGGCUAAUUUAUGGAAUCAUGGGAAGGAAAAUAAUUCCACUACCUGCAUGUGCAUACCAUGCCAUACGCCGGACAUUUCCAAUGGCUGAAGAUGACGACGGUGCUAGUUUUGAACUAGGAGAUGAUUAAUUCCCAUUUAUUUUCGUUGUUCAUUGAUUUGGAUAUUGGAAUUAUUUCCAUGUGUAUGUUUUAUUUAUUAUUGGUGCUUUCAGUAAAAGAAACUCUCCCGAA